AUGGCGGGAGUUCAGCCCCCUUUCUCAGCCGGUAAGCUGAUCUGUCUUCCAACGCGGCUGAACAAGACACCCACGGUCGACGGGCAAGAGGAUGGAGACAAGGAGAUGCUGCAUCUGGAUGUCGAAAAGUGGCGCCUGCACGUUGAGCGUUUGAUGGCGAGCGCCAAGUCCAUGGAACGUCAGAAACGUGAAUACGAGCGCAAGAAGGAUGAAACUGUCUCGCAAACCGAGGCACUGCGUGCGAAGCUGUUGGAAGAGACAGCGCUGCUCCAGGCGAAGCAGACAGAGCGCGCGCGGAGGAUGAAGCAAAUCGCAUCUCUUCAGGCUUUGAUUGUGGAGCAUCGCGCGUCGUACGAGGCGGUGCUUGGCGUCGCGCAGCAGCGCGCAGACACCUUCGGACGAAUUGCAGCGCUAGUGGACGAAUGCCGCGGCCUGAAGCUGGCGCUGUCGGAGGAGGAUGCGGCAGCGGAGAAGCUUGUCGAGCAGGCGGAGAAGGAGCUCAAGGCCGAGAAGGUCAAGGAGAAGACUGAGAAGACCAAGCUUUCUGCCCAGACGCUUCCGUUCCAGCCUUCCGCCGCGACCCUCUCGGCGCCGACAUCGCGCCAGCACUCCGCCUCGCCCGGCCCCGCGCAUGGUGGAGCGCACGCUCACCCCCUCCCGGCGCGGCCUGUUAGGAGCGGGCGCCGCGCUGCUGCUUCUCACGCCCCGCACUCUGCGUCCGGUCUCCCGCCGCGCCCGGUCAGCGGGCUCAGGAACGUGAGGCAUAUGCACUCCGGCCCGCCGGGACUGGAGGAUGGAGAGCUGGGAGAAGACGACGGCGCCGGACAGAAGCGCAAGGCUGAGGAGCCCCACGGACGGAGCACGAGGAGGAAGUAG